AUGAGUAAAAACAAUAUACUUUUAAGUUUGAUUGCUGUAAGAAAUAGCUUUUACUCUGAAGUCAGCGUUGGGAUCACAGCCAAUGCCUUUCUUCUUCUCUUCCAUGUCCUCUGGUUCUUUCUCAAGCACAGGUCCAAACCCACCGGCCUGACCAUUGGGCACCUGACACUCAUCCACUUGGUGAUGCUGACCACUGUAGGGGUCAUAGCUACAGACAUUUUUGAGACUCAGGAGUUAUGGGAUGGCAUCACGUGCAAAGCUGUCAUCUACUCAUACCAGGUGAUGCGAGGCCUCUCCCUGGGCACCACCUGCCUGCUGAGUGUCCUCCAGGCCAUCACCCUCAGCCCCAGGAGCUCCUGUUUGGCAAAGUUCAAGCACACUUCCUCCCAUCACAGCAUGUGUGGGUUUCUCUUCCUACGGGUCUUCAAUUUGUCCAUCAGUGCUCGUUUCUUAAUCUCCACUGUUGCCACCAAAAAUCGUACGUCCAACAGUCUUAUGUUUGUCACUAAGUCCUGCUCUUUUUGGCCCCAGAGAUCCUUACCCAAGCACACAAUUCACAUAUUGGGGAUCUUCAGGGAUGUCUCCCUGCUAGGGCUCAUGGCCGUCUCAAGUGGGUACAUGGUGACUCUCCUGUGCAGGCACAAGAGGCAGUCCCAGCACCUUCACAUCACCAGCCUCUCUCCAAGAGCCUCCCCAGAGCACAGGGCCACCCAGACCAUCCUGAUGCUCAUGAGUGUCUUUGUGCUCCUGUACUUGUUGGACUGCAUUGUAUACUCCUUCUCAGGGAUGUGGUUGAAGAGUGACCCAGUGCUCCUGUGUGUCCAGAUGCUGGCGGGCAAUGGCUAUGCAAUGGUCAGUCCUUUUGUACUAAUCAGUAGUGAAAAACGAAUGAUCACAUUUUUCAAAUCCAUUUGGGAGGAGAGUAAGUGUUUAAUUGUUCAUCAAUAA